UCCCUUUUUAUCCGCUAUUAAAUAUUUUGUUAAACAAAAGGAUAUUAAUAAUCGUAAGUUUUUAUCAUUUGUAUACGUGUUUUGAAAAAAAUUUGCUAAAAUUUCGUUUUGUCAUUGUUGUUGUCGUCGUCGUCGUCUUUAGCUCGUGGAGGCACACUUAGUAGUUAUGCAUAUGUUAUUAUGGCAUUGCAUUUCUUAAUGGCUGGUUUGGAAAAUCCUUUGAUCCCUAGUCUACAGAAUUUAAACGUCAGAUGUGAAAAUAAAUCAUGUAAUUCAAGAGCCUUUAACAAAAUUAUUCCUGUAUUCUAUAACAACCAUAUCAUACAUUGUGAUGUUCGUUAUCAUGAUUGUGUUUGUAUUCGACAACGAAGUUAUCCUUUAAAAAAGCAAAAUAAUGAUGUUACUCUAUGGGAAGGAAAUAACAAAGAUACAGUGGCUGAAUUGGUAACUAAAUUCUUUCUCUUUUAUUCGGAUGCUGUAAACUAUGUGGUUUCCAUUAUUACAGAUGAUGGUAAGCCUGUUGGUAAUAUUGAUAUGAAUUUUUGGCCCGAGCGACCUAUUAUUGUUCAAGACCCUUUUAUUUUAACUAAAAAUGUUGCUCGAACAUGUACAUCAGUAGGCUUCUCCAUAAUUUUAGAAGAGUUUCGACGAGCAGCAAAGCUUUUGAUGAAGCAUGUUUCUUUUGCAACUGUUUGUGAUAAACAACUUAAUUUACCACGAUUUAUAGAUACACAAUGUUUGGAUUAUCGAAUUCAAAUACGAAAACAAAAGAAGAUGAUAGCUAAAGAGAUGAGAAAACAACAUAAAGAAAUACGCCUACAGCAAAAACAACCGCCGCAACAAGAAACAAAGUUAACAACACCAACAACAACCAAAGACCAUGUCAUUGGAUAUUUGGAUGAUGAUGAUGAUAAUAGUAAAGAAGAGCAACUUAUUAAAUGGUUAGCACCCUAUUUAUCAGAUAAUAACGAAAUAGAAGAGAAUAAUAAUAAUAAUACAAAGACCAUAAGAUCAAAAGAAUCAGCAGAAAUAGUAAAGUCAGUAUUAGAUGAGUUCACAGAAGCACUUUUCACUGGUGAGUACUACGAGGAAGAAGAAGAGGUCUCGGAUGAAGUAGAAGAGAUAAAGAAUAUGGAUCAUAAAGAAAUCUCGAUCUUGCCCACUUAUUUUCCACUACAAUUUCCAAAUCUUGAUGAUGAUGAUAAAGAGGAGGAGGAGGAUUCAGAUCUUGAUAGCAAUGAUACUGAGAACAGUAACAGAGAUACUGAACUACGACCUUUAUUUUUUAAUAAUGAAGAUCAGCAAAUCUCUUCAUCUGGUACUGCAGAGACACCAACAUCAAGUUCAACUAGUAAAAUGAUAACGAAUGAUACUACAGAUAACAUGGAUUCAAAACCCAUAUUAAACUUAGUCAAGAAGCUUAUCUCUUAUCAACCACCUUCAACGUCAGCAGAUGACAUAAAUGGUCAUUCUCUAAAGCAAUUAACGACAGUGCCUUGUACAGAUAUGCAAAAGCUAUUAGAUGAUCCAUGUAUGUCUGACAUUGAUAUGAAGGAUAUCUGUUAUUUAGUCGCACAACUUAAUUUCCUUAGCGAUGCAGUUACACAUCGUCUCUUAAAUCGUAAAGAGAAAGAAGCAGAAGCAAAGCAGAAAACGGGAUCUGAGAUAGGUCGGAGUAAUUUAGCACUAAAGAACUUGGAUAAUACACUCUAUCAAAUGCAGAACACUACUAGUAAGAGACCAUCAUCAGAAAAAUUAGUUGAUGUUUUUUUCACCGUUGAAAAUGUCCCCGCUGCGUUUGAUGCGUAUAUCAUUUAUACAGAAUUUUAUUGGUAUGGUCAAGUUCUGGAUGUUUCCCCCGCUGAAACAAGGACAGAAAAUUCAACCACGGGGUCCUUAACUACAAAAUGGAAUGUGCACAUGAAACUAACAUAUGAAAAUUACAAAAUUGGAAGUAUUCCUCGCACUAUACAAUAUAAUGCAGAUUGUAUAGAUGAUUGUUUUUAUGUAUCUGAGCCUGUUUUACUGUCCCCCUCUGUUUAACAUGCAUGUAUAAAUAUUAUGUAAUAAAUUCAGGGUGAGAAAAAAAAAUAAAAAUAAAAAAAAAAGAAUAAAAUAUGACAUUUAUUGAUAACGAUAAUAGUCGUUUCACUCAUCGAUAAAAGAAUCUGUUUUUGAAUACACUAUAGAUUAAAUAUAUUUUUAGAAAAUUAGUCAAUAUGAAACAUUGUAAAGUACUAUUACGUUAAAAUUUGUAAUUG